GAGAAGUCUUCCAGAGUCGGUCCCGGUGUUGGCCUUCAUUAGAUGCAAUCGGAUCGUUUUUCCAACAUGUAUGAAGCAGAGGGGCUUCUGCAUCCGACAGGCUCUACUAGCAGUUAUGCUGAAGAUGCACAAAGAGAGUCGGCCAUGUGACGCCUCCAGCUGCUUUGAAAGGGGGCUGUCUGAGCGGGAUCCCCUCAGUACAGACUCGCCUCUCGUCAUCGUCAGGAUAAUUGUCCGACCUUAAGGAUCGGAUCGUUCACAGGGCACUGACUGGGUUUGAAAUGGGCCCGAUGGCGCACAGGAUUGUUCUUUUGCUUUUCCUCUGCGCAGUUCUGAAGGGGAUUGAGAGCAAGCUUACUUCUGUGCAAGAAUGCUGUGAGGCUGGGAGAGAGAUAGCCCUGAGGGAACAUGACUGCACAGUCCUUCCACGGUUCACCUCCCACAUCUGCAGCAUUGCUCAGGAGCACUGCUGUCGAGCUUUUGCAAAAAAACGGGCCUGUAACAAUGGCAUUAAGAUGGCCCGUGGUAAACAGGCCUGUGAGAGGCCCUUCUUCACAGGGUCUAGCUGGGAAACCCAAAUUUCAGAGGCAUGUUGCGACUGCUGCACGCUCGGUCUAAAGACGGAUAGCAUGGGUUUCAGCUGCGACUUUCAGGAUCUGCAGCUGGACAAGCAGUGCUCUAAUGCAGCUAGAGUCUGUUGUGAGAAACCCAAGGAGAUCAAUCCAAAUGCUAAAGCACCAGAAGAGACCGAAGUGUUUGCAACCAGGCCUCCAGAGGAAGCAAAUACUUGCAGAGAGCUCAACUGCUCUCAGCUGUGUGUAGAUAAUGGUAGAUGUGCCUGUAAUGAUGGUUUCCAACUGCAAAGGGAUGGAGCGACAUGUGGGGAUAUUAAUGAGUGUCUGAAUGGCAGUCACAACUGCUCCGCCGAGCAGGUUUGCGUUAACACAGAGGGCUCGUUUUACUGUCAGCUCAGCUGUCACCCGGGAUUCAUACUCACAGACAAUAUCAUUUGCAAAGACAUAGAUGAGUGCACUUUGGGGAGCCAUGACUGUGGAGCAAACUAUGUUUGCAUCAACACAGCCGGCUCAUUCUACUGUGAGCCAAAGGUGGUGUGCAGAGACGGUUACCGUCGGAAUGCUGCUGGCAACUGUAUUGAUAUUGAUGAGUGUGUGGUCCUUGUUAAUCCAUGCCGACCUGGCCAAAGCUGCAUCAAUACCGUAGGCUCCUACAGCUGCCGCAGGAACACGGUCACCUGUCAGCGCGGGUACCAUCCAACUGUGGAUGGGACACGCUGUGAAGAGGUGGACGAGUGCCUCAUAACCAACAUGUGCGGGAAGCAUAUCUGUGUGAACCUGGAUGGGUCGUACCGCUGCGAGUGCAGAGCAGGCUACAGGUUCAGCAACACCACCGAAGUCUGCGAAGAUAUUAAUGAGUGCACGUAUUACACCUGGCGACUGUGUGGGCACAUAUGUGAGAACACAGAGGGGUCUUAUCAGUGCAGGUGCAUAUCUGGCUUCAGGCUGGCUCCGGAUGGCAGGAACUGUGAUGAUGUUAACGAGUGUCUGACUGGUCAUCACAACUGCGCCGUUGGUCAGGUUUGCAUCAAUACUGAGGGCUCGUUUCACUGCCAGAGCUGUGACCCUGGGUAUAAACUCAAAGACAACACUUGCCAAGACAAUGAUGAGUGCACUUUGGGGAGCCAUGGCUGUGGAGCAAACUAUGUUUGCAUUAACACGGCCGGCUCUUUCUACUGCGAACCAGUGGUGGUGUGCGGAGACGGUUACACUCAGGAUGCUGCCGGCAACUGCAUCGAUAUUGAUGAGUGCUUGUCCCACACCGUUCCGUGCCAGCCUGGCCAGACAUGCAUCAACGCAGCGGGCUCCUACAGCUGUCACACUGACACAGUCACAUGUCCACGAGGGUUUCACCUAAGUGUGAAUGGCACACAGUGUGACGACGUGGAUGAGUGUCUCAUUGACAAUAAGUGUGGCAGCCAUGUCUGUGUCAACCUGAAAGGAUCGUACCGCUGCGAGUGCCGAAAUGGUUACAUGUUCAACCGUGUCACCAAACUGUGCGAAGAUAUAAAUGAGUGCAGCCAUUACCCUGGGCGACUCUGCGCCCACAAGUGUGAGAACACAGAGGGGUCUUACCAGUGUAGCUGUGCAACCGGCUUUAAGUUGGCCUAUGAUGGCAGGGACUGUGAAGAUAUCAAUGAAUGUGAGGACAAACCCUGCAGCCAGGAGUGCACCAAUGUGUACGGUUCAUACCAGUGCUACUGUCACCGUGGUUACCAGCUGAAUGAUGUCGAUGGGAUAACAUGUGAAGAUAUUGAUGAAUGUACACUGCCAAAUGUAUGCUCUUACAAAUGUCGUAACUCUCCCGGUGGUUUUAACUGCACCUGCCCAACCAACAGUUACACACUCGCGCUCGACGGACGUACUUGUCAAGACAUAGAUGAAUGUACUGCAGGAACUCAUUCCUGUUCUGCCAUGGAGACCUGCUUUAACGUCCAGGGAGGAUUUCGCUGUCUGUUCUUUGAAUGUCCCACUAACUUCAGGCGAGCAGCAAAAGGAUCCACAGGUAAUGGCUCAGCUGUGCUGCGUUGUGUCAAAGCAUGCCAGGAACAUGACAGCGACUGCGCUCGCGACCCCGUCCACAUCAUCACUUCCACAGCGCUGUCUCUGCCGACCUUCCAACAUUUAGAGGAGCCAGAGGAGAUCGUCUUACUGCGGACGGCAACAGGAGCGAAACCAGAUCUGCUCCCAGAUGAGCCUGAUGUGUUCUUUGUCAUAUUAGCCACAGAUGAACUAAACUCUUUUGACGUGAUAAAACGUUCGCAAAACAGCAUGAUUGUUGGGGUAAUCCGUCAGAUCAAGCCUGUAAUGGGCCCGAAGGAGCUUGUGCUGGAAGUGACUAUGAAGUAUGUCCAGUCCGGGGUCGUUUCUCAGCAAAAUAUCGUCCUCAUUCACAUCUUCGUCUCUAAAUUCUGGUUCUGAAAAGGAAACGUCAAUAUCAUAUACAUAAUUCUACAGAAAAAAACGGAAAAAAAUGUGACUUGAUGACAUAAGUGUUGUAAACGCAUCAACAAGAAAACUAUAGGCAAACUUCAGUUUUGUGUGGAGCUUGUUUGCAUACAUAGAAUUCAGUUACAGAUGUUGAUAGUAACCAGUGCAAGUUAUUAAUAAACAAGAACAGUCUUCAGCCUCUGUGAGGUUUUAUGUAUGCACAGCACGCUUUAGGUUUCAUGCUAUUGUCAAUUUUUUUUACGAAGAAGAUACUGUGAGUAUGAGUCCUCUCAGUAUGAUACUGACAGGAAAAUGCUCUUUUACAAAACACAACGCUACAAUAUCUUACUUUUCGUCCAGCUAGAUUGGAUUAUUUUUGUGAUUCUUAGUGAGAAGCGUGUGCGGUUAAAUUUGGGUUCAAAUUUAAACUGAACAUCAAUGAAAAAGGUUACUGAUCGUCUCUCCCCACUUGCUCAUAAUUUUGGACGUUUCGUACCAAACAUUUUUCAAUUUAGACCUGCUUUGACAACUAGUGAUUUUAAGUAAUUUUCUAUAAUAUGCUUACAGUCUACUGUAAAGAAAUGUCUAUACAUUUUGUACUGUGAUGAUCUAUCAUAUUUUAUAAGAGUCAGCUGGGUCAAAACAGAAUCAGAACCAAAAUAAGUGAAAAUAAGGUAUCAGUAAAUAAUGUACAUAAUGUAAUUAAAUUAAAUUAAAUAAGAGAUCCAUAGCUUUUUUUUUUAGCUAGAUUGUGAAAACACUUAACAAGAAAUAAAAAUUUACUGUAAUGCCAAAGUUUUAGUACAUAGAUAUGAAAUGCUUUGUUUAUAGGCACUAAAUGGAAGUAUGAAGGGAUAAAAUAAGGCUACGAGUAGAUGAAGGUUUGAAUCGACCUGGAACCCAAGCCUGAGAAUACGUUUUAAUCUGAUUUAGUUUACUGCAGUGGAAAUGUCUUACUGUAAAGUAUUAAUAGGGUUUCAUCAUAUUUUUUACUUUUUUCUACUACAAGUAGAAGGAUUUUUAUAAAAUUUUCUGGACUACCAUUUUCCAGUUUUCACCAUAGCUUCUCUAAUAAGAUAUUUUUAACACUUGAAAUAAUUCACAAUAUUCAAACCAUUUUGUUUUAAGUCCAGUCCAGUCAAAAGUAUCCUAAAAAGAAUCAAAAAACUGCUAAAUUAAGGGUUCAUUCAGUAGUUGUGAUAGUCACUUGAAAGUGUAUAUGGUUACCACAAAGAUAUUUAAGAUUUUUUGAAAGAUACUGUCACACAUAAAUGUGUAUAUGCUUGUGUUUUUUCCCAGCUUUAAUCACAAUGCUUGCCUUUCUACAGACACUUGCUUUUAUAAAGUUAUGCUUUCAUUUGUUCACUAAAUGCUAACACAAUGCUAAGCUAUCAUUUGUUCACUAAAUGCUAAUACAGUGCUUAGCUUUCAUUUGUUACCCAGAUGUGUUGACAUAUUUAUCGGGGCAGAAUGAGCAGGAAAAAAGUAUUUCAAAGGUUUCCAGUGAUUACCUGGCACCAUCAUAAACACUGUUAGUUUAGUUCGUUGCCUUUACUGUUUGUGAAAAUAUUUUUGCUAACUUUUUUCUGGUUUUGUUAGCUUUAGUCUGAUACCAGACUUCUGUAUUCAUGUGCUUGCAUUAAAGCUAAAUAAAUGUGUUUUGUACUGAAACAUAGUGAAACCAUCUGUAAAUAAUAAAACCCUUCAGUAGUG